AUGGCAGCCCUACCACGUAGAAUAAUCAAAGAGACACAGCGAUUGAUGCAAGAACCGGUGCCGGGAAUCAGCGCGGUGCCAAGCGAAACGAAUGCACGUUAUUUCCAUGUUAUCGUCACUGGUCCAGAAGACUCGCCUUUCGAAGGAGGACUAUUCAAAUUAGAGUUAUUUCUGCCAGAGGAUUAUCCUAUGUCAGCGCCUAAGGUUAGGUUUAUAACGAAAAUAUACCAUCCGAACAUAGAUCGGCUGGGCCGUAUAUGCUUGGACAUAUUGAAGGACAAGUGGAGUCCUGCACUGCAGAUUCGCACGGUGCUGCUCUCCAUCCAGGCGCUACUGUCAGCACCGAACCCUGACGACCCGCUGGCCAACGACGUGGCCGAGCUGUGGAAGGUGAACGAAAGCGAAGCUAUCCGGAACGCGAAGGAGUGGACGCGGAGAUACGCCAUGGACAACUGA